UGAUGCAAUGCGGUCUCUCUGGCUGUGAGUUCAGGAGGAGGAGGAGGGGGAGCCAGCGGCUGAUGGCUCAGUGCCAACAUGACCAGUCACCGCGCGCGGGGUUGGCUCUCCUAUCCUGGAGGCUGUGCCGAGCGCGGGCAGGAAUCCGGAGGAAGAACUGCUCCAGGAGACAGUGUGCCAUCAUGGGCUCCCUGGCCGUCCUGCUGCUCGGCGCUCUGCUGCUCUACUCGCGGUCCCUGGCCUCCACUCUGCAUGGACACGGCCAGCCUGUCAACACCAGACCUAUCAUCGGGAUACUGGCUCAGGAGACACACUUUGAAGAGUUACAAUCGUAUGGGUCAUCGUACAUUGCUGCCUCUUAUGUGAAGACACUUGAAUCUGCAGGAGCAAGAGUAAUCCCUAUAAAAAUCAGUCUUCCUGAGGAAGAAUAUGUGAAGAUAUUUAAUUCCAUUAAUGGGAUUCUCCUUCCAGGUGGUGGUGUUGACCUUAUGCACUCUGAAUUUGCUAAAGCAGCCAAGAUAUUUUAUGACCUGGCUCUAAAGGCCAAUGACAAUGGUGACUAUUUCCCGAUCUGGGGAACAUGUUUGGGAUUUGAAGAACUAACUUAUCUUACAAGUGGGGAACUGUUACUAACAUUGACCGAGACAGAAGAUGUUUCAUUACCUCUGAACUUCAGUCAAGAUGCCUUAAGAAGCAAGUUAUUUAGAAAUAUUCCAAAGAAUCUGUAUGAUAAUCUUUCCAAAUUACCCAUAACGUCAAACUUUCACUCCUGGAGCUUGUCUAUGCAGAAUUUUACAGCUAAUGAGAAAUUGAAAAAGUUCUACAAUGUUUUGUCAACAAAUUCCGAUGGCACAGUGGAAUUUAUUUCUACAUUUGAAGCAUAUGAUUAUCCAAUCUAUGGAGUUCAAUGGCAUCCUGAAAAAACUGCAUUUGAGUGGAAGAAAGCAUCUGAAAUCUCACACACAGCAGAGGCGGUGUAUGUAGCAUUUUAUAUGGCCGAGUUCUUUGUUAAUGAAGCAAGAAAAAGUCUACAUAAAUUUCCAGACACCGCACAAGAACAUGAAUCUCUAAUCUACAAUUACUGCCCAAAGUACACUGGAAAUAAUUCAGUCUUUGAGCAAAUUUAUUUUUUCUGAACUUACAUUGUUGUUGUUUUUUUUAAUGUGGUUUUGCUUUUUUUUUUUUUUUCUUCUGCAACUAUUGCAACUCUGCGAGUUACAAUACAUUUUAACUGCUCUGUUUGAUUGUAAAUCUGAAGAAGAACAACUCCAGUAACUUUUUGUUUUGUUUUCCAAGAAAAUGAUUUUUCACUAUAUGGAGCACAUAUUGUUACAUUAAACAAAACAAGUCAAAUGCAUUUAGGAUACACAGUACAGAAUGCCAUGUAUUCCUCAUUCAUACUAUCUACUAAAUGUUGCAUUGUCCUCGAUAAUAUUUAAGAACAUUGCUACCUAUAAAUAAAUGCUCUGGUUUCCUGGA